AUGGGAUUAUCACUUUCCAUUUUAACAUCAGCUUGGGAAGAAAUUGUUCGACAUUCACUCUCUUGUUUAUCAUUCAACUAUAGUUUUGGUUCCGAAGAUGGUGCUAUGAUUUUGAGAACAAGAAGCUUCAACAAAAGAGAACCAGAAGCUACCACAAGAAACAUUUCAACUAGGUUAGAGGAUUAUAGACCAGAACAUGUGACCCUUGAAUCAAAUGAGGAAAAAUUGCACCAAAAAGCUGUUCCUUUGCUUUCUUUGCCUAAAGAAGCUGUUUUCUCUUCACCAAGACCAGUUUCUGAGCUUGAUGCUGCAGCUACUAAGCUUCAGAAAGUUUAUAAGAGUUAUAGAACUAGAAGAAAUCUUGCUGAUUGUGCUGUUAUUGUUGAAGAACUUUGGUGGAAAGCAUUGGAUUCUUUUGCACUUGAAAGAAGUUCAGUUUCAUUUUUUGAUGAACAAAAACAAGAAACUGCAGUUUCAAGAUGGGGAAGAGCAAGAACAAGAGCAGCUAAGGUUGGAAAAGGUUUGUCUAAAGAUGAUAAGGCACAAAAGUUAGCACUUCAACAUUGGCUUGAAGCUAUUGACCCACGUCAUCGAUAUGGACACAAUUUGCAUUUAUAUUAUGAUAUUUGGUUUGCAAGCCUAAGCACUCAACCAUUUUUCUAUUGGUUGGAUGUUGGAGAUGGUAAAGAAAUAAAUCUUGAGAAAUGUCCAAGGGCUAUUUUACAACGUCAGUCCAUUAAAUAUCUUGGACCAAAAGAGAGAGAAGAAUACGAAGUAUUGGUUGAAAAUGGCAAGUUGGUGUAUAGACAUGGUGGGAAAUUUGUGGAUACAGAUGAAAGGUCUAAAUGGAUAUUUGUUCUUAGCACCACUAGGGCUUUGUAUGUUGGAAGGAAACAAAAGGGUACGUUUCAACACUCUAGCUUUUUAUCUGGGGCUGCAACCACAGCUGCCGGAAGAUUAGUGGCGCGACAAGGUGUGCUCGAGGCAAUUUGGCCUUACAGUGGUCAUUAUCACCCAACUGAAGAGAAUUUCAGAGAAUUUGUUAACUUUCUUGAGGAGCACAAUGUAGACCUCUCUAAUGUUAAGAGAUAUGCUAUAGAUAAUGAUGCUCCUUCAUUUAUUGGCACUAAUGAGGCACAACAAAUUAUGGGUCCUACUCAAACUUCUCAAUCAGUAUUAUCAUUCAAGUGGUCCACAGGAACUGGAGCUCGUAUUGGCUGUGUGCGUGACUAUCCUGAGCAACUUCAAUCAACGGCAUUGGAGCAAGUUAAUUUGUCUCCUAGGCCUGCUUCUACCAAAACUGUCCCCAACAAAGGAAUCAAAAUCAAUAAAACAACAGAGGCUAAAGACAAGAAAUUUGAGGGGCCAAUGUUUGACUCUUCCAAGAGAUUAUCAUGCAAGUGGUCCACAGGAGCUGGAGCUCGUAUUGGCUGUGUGCGUGACUAUCCUGAGCACCUUCAAUCAAGGGCAUUGGAGCAAGUUAAUUUGUCUCCUAGGCCUGCUUCUGCAAGACCUUAUAAGUAUGGCCCAAUACCUUCUCCAAGGCCAAGCCCAAAAGUUAGGGUUUCUCCUAGGCUUGCUUACAUGGGGUUACCUAGCCCUAGAAGCUCAAUUCAAGGUGCAAAUUGA